UCACUCGCUCGGCGCGCUCGUACGCGCCCCACCGCUCAUUGCCGACUUGACCGCAAAAGUGACAACACGUAUCUACUCUUGCCGACGCGUCUUCCAACUUUUUCUCUUACGAAAAUACUGUGAAAAAAAAUUACGCACAAGAAGUAAAUAAAAUUGCCAAGACGGCGAACGAAAAACAAAAAAACCGUUUCGCAUUGCGAAUAUUAUAUCGCGACAUUUGACGGCGGCGAUUUUUUAGAUCACGAGUCGCUUUCGGUCAUUACUCGUAAAUUUCUUUUAGCAAAAAGAGAAAUAGUUUCUACUUUUUGUGCCGAUUGCGACUCUUGCAUCUUUGGACGUGGCCCGGGAACGAACUUAAAAUGUCGAAAAAACAUCUACACAAUCAAGCUGCUAUACCGUUAGCCCCUGCGGUAUUUAAGAAACCACAAUUGCGUCCGAUGAUAGCUGAAUAUGACCCCAAGAAAAAAGGAGUUAAAAAUGAUCUUUCCGAUGUCGUCAUGGUCAAGUACAAAGUUGAUCCGAAUGAGAUCCCAGUGGAACAACAGGCGGGUUCCACCCUCCCCCUCAUGGAGAUCCCGGGCCGGGAUAUUGAGGCUGAUGAGGGAUAUAACCCGUUCGAGCAUAGAAAACUGGCGCACCCUACGUCGGAUAUGGACACUCUCAUCCAUCUGCUGAAGGGAUCAUUAGGCAGUGGUAUCUUAGCCAUGCCAAUGGCUUUCAUGAAUGCUGGCUUGUAUUUCGGUCUCUUCGCUACGUUCCUUAUUGGAGGAAUAUGCACCUACUGUGUGCACAUCCUCGUGAAAACAGCUCACGAGCUAUGCAGAAGAAUACAAAAACCAUCCCUGGGAUUCGCCGAGACCGCUGAAGCUGCAUUUUUGUCAGGACCACCAGCUGUGCACAAAUUUUCAAGACUUGCCAAGGCUAUGAUAAACUGGUUCCUGGUGAUCGACUUACUAGGUUGUUGCUGUGUGUACAUCGUGUUCGUCGCUAAAAAUGUCAAACAAGUCGUGGACUACUACGCUAAGACCAGCGAAUGGCUUCCCGACUGGGAUGAACGGAUUUACAUGGUGGCAAUGCUACCCCUGCUUAUUAUGAUGAACCUUAUUAGAAAUCUGAAAUAUCUCGCUCCCUUCUCAAUGAUUGCGAACCUUUUAGUCGGAACUGGAAUGGGAAUAACGUUCUAUUAUUUAUUCCAAGAUAUACCGCCAUUAAAAACACGUCAAGCAUUCGCUGGCAUCGAACGCUUACCAACAUUUUUCGGAACUGCUAUUUUCGCACUUGAAGGCAUCGGUGUUGUCAUGCCUCUUGAAAAUAACAUGAAGACUCCGACCCACUUCAUCGGAUGCCCUGGAGUACUUAACACGGGCAUGUUCUUCGUUGUAUCCCUUUAUGCUCUUGUUGGAUUCUUUGGAUAUUUAAAGUUUGGUGAUGACACUGCCGGCAGUAUAACAUUGAACUUACCUGAAUACGAACUGUUGGGUCAAAGCGUGAAAUUGAUGAUCGCCGUUGCUAUAUUCUUCACAUACAGUCUGCAGUUCUACGUGCCAAUGGAGAUUAUCUGGAAAAACGUCCGCCACUUUUUCGGAGCCAAGAAGAAUAUUGCGGAGUACAGUAUUCGGAUCUUCGUCGUACUUUUGACUCUCUGCACGGCCAUAGCCAUCCCGAACCUCGGCCCAUUCAUAUCUCUCGUCGGCGCCUUGUGCCUGUCAUUCCUUGGCCUUAUUUUCCCCGCUGUCAUCGAAACUGUAACUUUCUGGGAUCGCCCUAACGGCCUCGGACGUUACAAUUGGGUUCUGUGGAAGAAUAUGUUCCUGGUCUCUUUCGGAAUCCUCGGCUUCCUAACAGGUUCCUAUGUCAGUAUUCUAGAUAUAUUCUCGGGUGAGGAAAAAUAGACUAACGCGAAAGACUAAGGUAGAAUAAGGCUCAAAUUAAAUGUUUUAAGGGCUAAGAUUUUUUGGUAUUUGCUUUUAGUAUCAUUAUUUCAUUUAUAUUAUUUUAUUUUGAUAAGAGAUUCGUAAUUACCGCGAGUUUACAAAGCUCAAAGGUUUUUUUUCGAGAUUAGUAUUACACUAUUGUGGUAGUUCGCGUAAAGCGGGUUGUGUUUUAAUAUAAUAUUAAUUUGAUUUAGCCCCGAAUCUCUGUAGCCAUUUCACAUAGAUUUAAGAAAAUGUAGAUACCUAACUUUAUAAAUGUGUGAGAAUUUUUCUAGUGCAUUAUCGAAAUGUGAUAAAAUAUUAGGUUACGUGGAAAGGCAUUAUUUGCUUUUUAUAGAAAAAUUGUUCCGAAAAGUAUUAAUUGCGAAAAUCCGGCAAUUAAAAUACAACAUUACUGGAGCUAUAAAUGAGUUGCAAUUUUUGGGGUUCAUAUGAAAAACUUUUUGAAACAGAUAAAGGCAUUUUCACACCAGAGAAUAUAGUGACUUUAUAUAGUAUAUCAAAUCAUAUCGAAUGAAUGAAACGCAUUUACUUUACAUUUUGGCACGCCAUGUUGUAGGUAUAUUCAUCAUUACCGUCUCACUGCGAGGACGUAAUCUAUACAUAUUUAUAGUAAUUAGAUACAUCAAGGAUGUGUAUUUUUGUAUUUUUAAAGCUUCAUGUGGCAUGAAACUAGAAAAUUUAAUAUUUCGACCUAACCAAUAAACAAAGUGAUUAAGAAUCAUGUUUGUAUAUUGAAUUAAAUAUGUCAGUUAUAUUGCGUUCUCAACUGUAAAAAAUAGAACUAUAUCUUUAAAAAUGUGAUAAUUUUCUGUUUUAGUUUGGACAACAUAUUAGAUUUACAAUGGCUUUUGAAUAAUUAUAAUUAACAGAUACAAUAAUUACCGAAUAGUAUAACUUUGUCACGACAGCGUUGACCCCCUGACCCAAAAGAUAAUAUAAUAUAUUUUCAUAAUUAUUUUAUUGGCUAUGUUUUUAGUAGUCGAGUAUUGACUUUAUCGACUAAAAAUUCGACUAAUUGUGAUUUGUACUUUAAUUUUUUUUAUCUUUGACAUAAAUCAGACAAUACAUGUGGUUGUUUUACGAAGGCCCUUUUGCCUCUAAAAUUCAGAAUUCGAUGUUUUAGGGUAAAAUUACUAUAACUGACGUUUUUGGAAUAUUAAGACGCGUUCAUGCAAAUAUCUGCUUAUGUUCGGAACGAUCACUACGUAAUAUGUUUGUCAAUAAUAGUAUUUUUACCCUAUUUCUAAGAAUUUUAAUGAUAUAUUAUGAAUUCGUAACGAUAAUAAUAUAAGUUUGGUAAUCAGAAAAGACUACUAAAAUAUGAAAUUGUAACAAAAUACUUUACUGCCUACAAAACAGUGUAAGUCAAUUCAACGAUGGCUUUUUGAAAUAUUUACUAAAGUUAAUAACGUUACUAUUAAUAUAUAACUUCGCGUAAUAUAUUUAACGUAAAAAAAGGUUUUCUUACUUAAAGGAAAUCAUUCCUAUUAAUUAUUUUUUGGUAUGGAUUACAACAUACCGAGAAAGUAGUGAUUGUUUUGUUACAGUAUUAAAAUAAAUCAGUUUUAAGGGA